AUGGGGAGUUGUCUUGCACAUAGAGCCACAUGGGAUGUCCAUUCCCCUAGCAGCUUGGAUUUCGAUUACAAUUCGGCAAUUUAUGCUAGUAAUGGGCUGAGGAUGUGUCAGCUUCAGCAAGCAUGUGAAUCACCGAUCAAAUACCUGUUAUUUAGCACUUGCAAGAAGGCAUGGGUGUACUGGAUAAAGUCUCUAUUGGAGGUACCGAACGUCCUCUUCGUUGUCAACCUUGCCGUUCAGCAAAAAGAGAAACUGUCCUUCGCAAUCUAUCGCUGCCCAACCGAUCGGAUGGGGCACCCACGUUUUAUGAAGGCACCUUGGGUGUCUUGA